AUGAAGUAUAUAUAUUUAAAACUCCCGGCAAGCCUCCCAGCAUCAGAACCCACAAUUCUUAAUGGCUCCAAUGCCAUAUGUGGAUCAGGCGACGCCACAAUACUUGUGGGUUCUCCUUCUAUGUAUGACGCAGUAGGUAAAAAGGUGAAAUGGGUUUAUCUGUACUCAUUUGGUUUGGCCAUUGGUGUAAUUGAAAUUUUCUUUAUUUUAUCGGGCUGGUGGUUUUUAUUUAGGAGGCAUGGUGCGUCGGCUGCGCUGGAAGAUGGAUAUCUUGGGAUAUCAAGUCCAUUCAGGAAGUUCAGUUACGCUGAACUCAAAAAAGCAACCAAAAAUUUCAAGGUAGAGCUAGGAAGAGGUGGCUCUGGUGCUGUUGACAAGGGUGUUUUGGCGCAUGAGAGGGUGGUGGCGGUGAAGAGACUAGGAGAUGUGCCUCAAGGGGAAGAAGAAUUUCGGGCAGAAAUGAGCACAAUUGGACAGAUCAAUCACAUGAGCUUGGUUAGAAUGUGGGGAUUCUGUUCGGAAAGGAGACAGAGACUCUUAGUCUAUGAGUAUGUUGAAAACCUGUCACUUGACAGGCACUUGUUCACCUCCACUUUCCUUGAAUGGAAAUAA